CUUCCUUGGUUCAUGUCAGCUGUGGCUCUGGAUCCUUCAGGGUUGAUGGACAUGGUGCCAUGUUAGCAUUGCUUUGGAUUUUCGUUGCCUUGAGUGAGGCAACACAACGAUCACCCGCUAUCGUGCAUUUGGAUGAAGGUCAUGCCUGGGCGAGCGGCUUUCAUGAAGGACGGCUGUUGUCAAGGAGUUGCCAUCAGCGAGUCUUGCUGAAACCCCGUCUCCGGGAUGAGCAAAGUGCAGAACACUCUAGGCGAUUGGCACGAAGGCUUUUCGAGGACAUCGAAGGCCUAGAAAGAAACAGCUGGCACCAUUUGACAAAGGUCGGCAUUGACAUCGCAGAGAUAAGCUGCGACAAGGAUGCUGCAAAGACCGUGGAGCUGAUCAAAGAGAAGUUCAAGGAUGAGUUGGAUUUUGUUGAGCUAGAUGAACAGAUCUAUUCUCCGUUGCAAGCCUUAGCCGUCGUGGAUCCUUUGUGGGCCACGCAGUGGGGUGCCAUUCGUGUGGGCUUUUUCGGUGCUUGGCAAGUCUUGGAGGAUUUGGAUGUGGAGCCCAGUGAGGUGGUGGUCGCAUUGAUCGACACGGGCUUGAACUUCAAUCAUGAAGACCUGCAAGGGCGAGUGUGGGUGAAUCCUGGAGAGAUUGCUGGAAAUGGCAUCGAUGAUGACGGCAACGGUUUUAUCGAUGAUGUGAAUGGUUUCAACUUUGUAGAUAACAAUGGUAGCCCAGAAGACGAUGGAGGCCAUGGCACUCACAAUGCCGGUAUCAUCGCUGCGCAACUCAACAACUUGGGCGUCGCAGGUGCCGCUGGUCGGAACCAGAAGGUGAAGUUGAUGAUUGUCAAGGCGCUGACCAAGAAUGGCGGCUACAAGAGCGAUGCGAUCGAGGCGCUCAACUAUGCGAUGGCUAUGGGUGCGGAAAUCUCCAGCAAUUCCUGGGGCGGCCACAGCGAGUCCUCGGCGCUGCAAACGGCCAUCCAGGUGGCAAUGGAGGCCGGUCAUCUCUUUGUUUCCGCUGCGGGGAACGACAAUGCCAACGCGGACGCCUCACCUUUCUACCCCUGCGUAUAUCCACAUGUGCUGUGCGUGGCCGCCUCUGAUGACCAGGAGCAGUUCACCUUCUUCUCCAACUACGGCGUGGCGAGCGUGGAGCUGAUCGCCCCAGGGCAGAACAUCCUCAGUAGCUACCUGGGCAACACGGAGUAUGCCUCUCUCACGGGCACCUCCUUCGGAACGUCCAUGGUGGCGGGCGCUGCGGCGCUGCUGUAUAGCUGGCUUCGGAGUGCCACGAGCACGGUGAAAUCGGUGGAGGAUAUCCGCUGGCUGCUGUUGGAGACAGCCGAGAAGUUGUCCUGGACAGAAGGCUUCGUGGGCAACGGCAUGCUGGAUGUGGAUGCAGCCGCCACAAAGGCAUUGUCAGGUAUUGGCUAUAGCUGGCUGGUUGGCCCCUGGAGCUCCUGCCGCCGCGCGAGCUGUAGCUCCCUGCAGGGCCUCCGCUGGCGCAACGUGAGCUGCGUGAGCAGCAACGGCACCGAGGUGAGCACAGUGGAAUGCAGCGGAGAGCCUGAAUGCCAGGACAACGUUCGAAGUUGGAGAGACUCCUAUGAUGCCACCUGCAGCAUCUACGAGAGCUACCAAUGGUGUACGUCCACAGGUGGCUACGGAAACGGCUGGCAGGUGACCUGGGGUUCCUUCCAGGACUAUGCAGUGGAUGGCUACGAUGCAACGGAAGUUUGCUGUGCUUGUGGCAGCGGCACCAUCGAGGCAUCCAAUGUGCCUUACUCGAGUCAGGAGUGUCCUGAGCCCAUCAGCGGCCCAGAUGCCAACAACGACGGCCUGGAUGAUUGCAUCGUCCCUGUCGUGACGACCACCACAUUGACGGCGACCGACACCAGCGUCACAGCGACCUCGGUGACGCAGAGCACGGUCACCCUGACCAGCCAGACAGCGACCAGCACCACCUCCUCGACUCGAAGUAGCAGCACGGGGACCACGCAUACGACCACCAGCACCACUUCGACCCACACCUCCACCAGUACACUGACGACCGUCACCACCUACAGUACGCACACGACAACCUCUACAACGUCCAUCUCCUCUACUUCGAGCACUGUGAGCCGCACCAGCCACACCGAAACCUCAACAACCAGCACUAGCCACACCAGGACCACCUCCACCUCCAGCAGCAUCACUCUUACCAGCAGCACCAGCGUUUCGACUUCCAUCACCAGCAGCACAAGCAGCACAAGUAGCUCCAGUUCGAGCUCAAGCAGCAGCAAGACCGGGACCUCCACCAGUGAGACCAGCAGCAGUACGACCGUCUCCAGGACAAGCACCACCACCAGUACCCAGUCGACCAGCUCCACUUCAAGUACCAGCAGCACCAGUAGCACGGAAACGGUGACGACAAGCACCAGUUCAAGCCACACAAGCACCAGUAGUACCAGCAGCACCACCACGCUGACGGUGCGUUUGGCCGCACCCAUCCAGACCACGAACUUCGUGCAGAGUAUUCUACUGCUGGUGGGGACCAAUCAAACUCCAACAGGCAUCGAUGACGCUCUGGCCACAGCACUGGCGACCAGUUUCCAGCUGCAGCGGUCAGCUGUGGACGUGAUCUCCGUCAAAGCUGCUGUGGCGGCCAUGUUUCGGCCUGAGAAUGCACGACGUUUGGAGGUGGAGGCGCUGUGGAGCAGUAGUAGCUUAAGCCGGCGCACGGCGGUGCGGAGCAGCCUAGAGCCGGCGCUAGAGACAGAGUUUCAGCUGCUGCUGCCAGAAGGUUCAGGCAUGACGGUGGACCAGGCCUUGGCGGCCGUGAAUUCGGUGAAGGAAGACCCGGAGCCGCUGAUUCCGUUGCUCACCGAGGUGAUUGAGAACUAUGGCUUGGCAACGGGAGAAAAUGUUAGCCUUCGCUUCACCUCUCCAUCUUCUCAGCGCGUGGAGUCUGUGUUUGUUGCGUCACGCUGGGGCCCUUGCGGAGGCGAUGCUGUUUGUAACGAUUUGGAGAUCCCCUUGAGGUACCGCGAGGUCUGGUGCGCCAAGGUUCCAGACUUGGCGACCGUGCGGCCUGACGGCUUUUGUGGCCUCAACAAGCCUUCCAGCAGUCAGCCGUGCCCGGACCACCUCAUGAGGCCGCCGACCUGUGGUUGGCAGAUCUCCAGCUGGUCCAGCUGCCGGUCCGCCACCGCCGUGUGCCACGGUGAGGGCAUGCAGGAGCGCGAGGUGGUUUGCCUCUCCAAUUCUGCCGAGGGCUGCAGCGGCCCAGAGCCGGCCAGACGACGGGAGUGUCAAUGCCUCAUCACGGUCACCGGCGAGGGCCAGGGCCCCGACGCCGACAGCGGCAGUUCUAGUGAUGAGACGUCGAUCCUGGUGAUACUGCCCGCGGUGCUGGGAAGUCUCGCGGGCGCUUGCUGCUGCUGCAUUUGCCUCCUACUUUGUCUUACAAAACGAGGACAGAAGAAGGUGGCAGUGCAGGAUCCCAAAGAGAGGUCAGAGAACACUGAGGAGCCCUUGACGCCCGAGAGUCCUUCCUCCCGCCCGGCGGUCGGGGAGCUCUUGGCGGAAUGUGAGCGGCGACAGAUCUCCACCAAGGGGUGCUUGGAGCGUGCUGAUCUUGAGGAAUUACUUCAGGAGCCGGAGCCACCCAGCUUGCGCAAGGCAGCCACCGCUCCGCCCUUGGAUCGGCCCUCGUCACCCAUGUCACCUUCCCGUGUGGGGCACUUCCCGUCGCCAGAGGACCACUCCCCCAGCCACACACGGAAUGAGCCUGAGCCAGUGCUGACCUGUGCACGGCCAUCGCCCAGUGGUACGUCGGACGUCUCCACGCGUCAAAGCGGCUCUCCGAUCUCUUCGAAAAGCUCCACAGGCGCGGCCUAGCAGGAAACCUCCACUUGAUGCAGCCGCUACGAUGGAUCCGUGGCCACUCCCAGCUCCCAAGAGCUCCAUCAGAAGAUACCUGCACCGCCAGUCGCCGCGGCGGUUCCGGGUGCGGUGCCCGCCGCGGCUCCUCCAGUGGCACCAGGGCCAGCGAGCCCAGAGCGCAAGCCCAAAGCGUCGCCGAGCCGCUCCAGUUCAGCCAAGCGAG